AUGUUCAAGAAGAAGCCGACGAUCAAGAACCUUUCCCCCUUGCGGUCUUCUGAUCGCAGGAAAAUCGCCGACCAAAUCAUUAGCGAUUACAAGAUCUCCAUCCCUUCAAGUCCCGCGGAAACAAGCUCGGAUUCAGCCGAUAAAGCCACUACUUCGGCCCCGACUCUCUCCUCCAUCCGAAAUGCGAUCCUCCCAGAAAACUCGCUAACCGCGCGCUUCACGACGACAGCCGGCCCAGACCUGCGCGAGGUUCAGGGUAUCGUUUACGUUGGCGCACACCCGGGAGAGGACGAGCGCGUGCUCUGGUUCAAGGUGGAACAUGGCCCUGGCUCCGAUAAAAAGCUAUAUCCGACCGUCUACACACUAUGGAAUAACCCCGAUAUCAUGCCUUUGCUACACACCCCGGGAAUGGUGAUGCAGAAACUGCAGGGUGGUGCGGAUCUCAUGACUCCCGGUCUGGCCAAUGACCCGCCCUUCGAUCCCCGGGCAGUCAAGGGCUCCCCUGUUGCGGUUGCGAGCCUGGACAGCCAUUCGGUUCCUCUCUUUGUUGGUAUCUGUGAGAUCGAUGUCUCGGCACUCGGGGAGGUCCAAGGCACUAAAGGCCAAGCAAUCCGAGGUCUGCACUGGCAAGGAGACGAAUUAUGGGCCUGGAGCUCUUCAUCGAGACCCGGUCGUCUAGCUCCCGAAUAUCUGGAAGGAUGGGAUGAAGAAGAGGAGGAUGAACUGGAGGAAGGUGUCGCUGAAUUGACCCUUGAUGAGAGCGCAGGUAAAACUGUUGAUGAUAAUCGCAAUGAUUUUGUGGAUGAAUCACCGGCUCUCGAGACAGAGCCUGCUGUGGCACUCAAAGAGCCUACAACUAACGAAAUCGAUGAUGCGUUUAUCAAUGCAUUCAUCUAUUCUCUCUACAAGCUCAAGCAGGACAAUCCAUCGGCAAAUAAUCACGGGUUGGCACUACCAGUCUCCCCAUCUAUGCUCAUAGCAAACAUGAUCACCCCUUACCUCCCGAUACAUAACCCCCAAGAAGCUCAAUUCUACAACAUCAAAAAGACAAGCUGGAAGAACGUCAAAAAAUUUAUCAAGCAAUUGGACAAGCAAAAAUUUGUGAAGUCGAAAGACCGCAAUGGGCAAGAAACCGUCAUUCUCGAUGUUGAUUUCAACGACCAUCGUGUGGAGCGAUUUGUGCCUUAUAGACUGCCUUCGCGCAAUGCUCUAGAAAGCGCCAACAAACCAGCCGCCGCGGAUGGCAAGAAGACUGCCGCAACUGGCGAUUCUGACCCAUCUGUUGGACAAACUCUCCUCGUUCAAACUCUUUAUCGCCCAACCGGGAAGCUAGCACCGACGAUCUUCCCAGCUCUCUCUACAAGCGACCCGAAGAACUUCUACAAAUUCGCCGAGGUAUCCAGCCACCUGGAUCAAUACCUCCAAUCACAAAACCCGCCUAUCAUCUCUAAAGACAACCGACGCAUCAUUACUCUCAAUCCCUUCCUCGCAGAGACCAUCUUCACCUCAUCUUCCCCCGAAGAUAAAGGAACCUUGAAGCGAGGCAUGACUACUCGCGACGGUCUCCUGAAGCGCAUCCAAGAUGACCGCACCCUUCUCCAGCCACACUACGCGAUUCUCAAGCCGGGCCAAACCCUCGCAGAGGUCAAACCUAAAUCCGGCGCAACGCCCAAGGCUCUCGUGACGAUUGAGAAGCGAACAGGCUCCAAGACCAUGACAAAGGUGACCAACUUGGAAGUUUUUGGCAUCAUUCCGGCUCUUUUGGCAGAGGAGCUGCAAAAGAAGUGUGCUAGCAGUACCAGUGUUACCCAGGCUACUGGUGCAGCCAAGGGGGUCAUGGAGGUUCUGGUACAAGGUGAUCAGCGCCAGGUUGUGCAGACUGCUCUUGUGCGGCGUGGACUGAAAUCACAAUGGAUUGAUCUUGUGGAUAAAACCAAGAAGAAGAAAUAG